AAGAAGCAUCACUCCUCCACCAUUUUUUGUCUUGUAUUUCUGUCAUAUUUUCUAUUGUCAUCAAUCCAUCACUAAUCUUCAUCUUUCUCACAUUCACACAAGUAUCUGUCAGACACACCACUUUAUUUUCACUUGUUAAUCUUUCAAUAUCUAUAAUUUUUGUUUGUGUUAGACACUGUAUAUUCAUAACUUUUAUGUUCCACACUUUCUUUUUCUUUUUCUGCUUGACUUUUCUUUUCGUUGUCACCUCCUUAUCAGUAUCUGCUUUCUGUUGUUAAUUUGAAAUCUUCUUUUAUUUGUUGUUGAGUCAAGUCAUUGAUGAGCCUUCUGUUUAUUUCAUCUUCAUCCUCCUCUUGCUUCAGGUACCCUGCUCUCGUCAGUCAUCAGCAUGGCUGCACCACAACAACAGUCUUCCCAGCUGAGGAAUCUUUUCCGAAGAAGGAACUUUCUACAAGAGCUCAGUGACGCUGAGCUGAUCAAGAGGUACCGUCUGGACAGAGAUGGUAUUUUGUUUGUUACCAAUCUUGUGAGGGAUGUCCUAUCAAGUAACACCAGGAGAAGAAACCCACUCACUCCCAAGAUGAAGGUUAUUUUAACCCUUAGAUAUCUAGUCACUAGUAGAAUACAAAUGUACAGCAGAGAUGACCUUGGUCCUUCACAAUCUGCCAUCAGCAGAGCCAUCACCCAGACCCUUGAUGCCCUUGCAGACGUGAAUAUUUUGAAACAGUUUAUCUGUUUGCCCAUCACCCCAGACACUACUGUGGCAAUGAAGGCAGACUUCAUCAACAUCGCGGAUUUUCCUGAGGUUAUUGGGGUUAUUGAUGGGACACACGUGAGGCUCAUGGUACCAAGGGAGGAGGAGGGGAUUUAUGUGAACAGCAGGGGAUACCACAGUAUUAAUGUACAAAUGGUAUUUGAUGCCAACUGUAGGACAAUGGAUAUCCUUGCUAAAUGGCUAGGGUCAGUGAGUAAAGCUCAGAUUUUGAGUCGUAGUGGUGUUACAGCUUUGUUUGAGCGGGGACAUGUGCCACCAAACAGUUACUUGCUGGGAGACAGUGGCUAUCCCAGCAAGCCAUGGCUCCUGACACCAUACCAACAACCUCUACCUGGACCUCAAACAAGAUAUAAUAAACCAGACCAGAGUCCAGGAUGCCACCCUGCUUCAUACUAACCACUCUGGCCGGCAUCCCAGAAGUCCCUGUAAGACAAGCCAUUCCAUGUGCUGUGGUGGAGCUUGUGAGGAGUGACCAGCAACAGCAGCAGCAGCAGCAAUAGUAGCAGUCUAACUUGGGUGUGGAGAGAUGCAGACCUAGUGGUAAGAAUCACGAGAAGACAGGCAAUUCCAACACCAGAGGAGAGACCAAGUUUGAGUGUAAGCUGUAUGAUAAAGCUCUUAAAAGUAGAAGUGGAUUGAGGUACCAUAUCCUGCAACACAGUGGUGUAAGGAAUUAUGAGUGUGAAUUCACAAGUGUUGUAAAAAAUAAACAGAAAGUCUCACCUCACGAAAAAUGUUCUGACGCACAGUGAUGUUAGGAGUGUAUAAAGAGUACGGGAAGAAAUUUACCAUGAAAUCUAACUUCACCAGAUACACCUUGACUUUUUGUUGUGUGGCUUCCUUCCAUGAGCUGUUUGAUUCAUUAAUGAUUCCAGGCUACACCUCACAUCUUUGAAACAUCUGGAGUAUCAAGACAUAAGUAAAAUGUGGUAUAUCAUUUAUUUAUCCUAUUUUCUUUAUAUGUACUUAGCAAGGGAGUUCCUGCAUCAUCAGAUAACAAGGGAAACCAUGCAAAUAACAUCAUUUCACUUUGCAACAGUCUAACCCAAUCAUAAUUUUGUUGUUUUUAUUAUUUGUUUAACAAACUUAUGAUGACAAUAAAAACAUAGCACAA